AUGGCGUCCGCAUACGAACUUCCCACGAAGGAAGCAUCUCUCUUCCGGCAUUUGGUGCAGAACUACGAAUCUAAAGCAUACAAGAAGGGUCUCAAGGCGGCCGAGCAGAUUCUUCGCAAACACCCCAACCAUGGUAACACUCAGGCAAUGAAGGCGUUGAUUCUCAACACCGUGGGCCGCAAGGACGAGGCAUUCGAGCUGUGCAAGCUGGCAUUGAAAAAUGCAAUGAAGUCGCACAUUGCAUGGCAUGUGUAUGGUCUGCUAUGGCGAAGCGUGAAGAACUACGAGGAAGCCAUCAAAGCCUAUCGUUUCGCUUUGCGCCUGGACCCGGAUUCACAGCAGAUUCAGCGGGAUCUGGCCCUGUUGCAGGUGCAGAUGCGCGACUAUGCUGGGUUUGCCACAACUCGAAGAGUGAUACUUACAUCGCGUCCGAACAGUCGUCAGAACUGGACCGCAUUGGYCGUCGCGCUGCACUUGAACGGCGACUUGGCUAGCGCAGAAGAUGUUUUGGUCAAGUACGAAGAUACGCUGAAGCAGCCACCCCCGAAGACCGACCUGGAGCACAGCGAGGCAUCUCUCUACCGCAAUACCAUCAUCCAGGAAGCUGGCGAGCACGAACGGGCGCUGACACACCUAGAGGGCGUGUACAAAACGAGCAUGGAUCGCACGGCAGUGAUGGAGAUGAAGGCAGAAUUGCUGCUUAAAUUGGGGAAGAGCACGGAGGCAGAAAAGGCGUACCGCGCAUUGCUCGCGCGGAACGCGGAGAAGCGGGCCUAUUAUCAGGGAUUGGAGUCGGCGCUGGGAUUGGACAGGCAGAAAGCAGAAGACCAGGAAACUCUGCGUGAGCUUUACCAGAGCUAUGCGGAUAAGAGCACACGUAUCGAUGCUGCAAGACGGAUACCUCUGGACUUCCUCCACGGCGAGCUUUUCCGAAAGCACGCAGAUGUCUACCUUCGUCGAAUGUUCGCCAAGGGUGUACCCAGCACAUUUGCAAAUGUCAAGCAGCUGUAUUCUGAUCCAGCGAAGCGUGCUGUUUUCCAGGAGCUGGUAGAGGGCUACAGCACUGAGGAUCCUCAGGCAAACGGCGGUGCAGAGAGGGAAGAACCCAACGGCAGCGCGGAUGGCUCACACAAGACAAACGGGGACAGCAAAGCGAAUAUGAACUGGCCACUAAGCGUCAACUACUUCCUCGCACAACACUACAACUAUCCCAUCUCUCAGGACCUACCAAAAGCUUCCAAGUACAUUGAGAAGGCCAUUGAGAUUAACCCCAGCAAGACGGACUACACCUACCACAUGACUCGUGCGCGCAUACUCAAGCACAGCGGCGACAUCUCCGGCGCCUCCAAGGCUAUGAAUGCGGCACGAGAAAUGGACCUCAAAGAUCGAUACAUCAAUACCAAGUGUGCGAAAUACCAGCUUCGCGCCRAUGACCACGAAGCAGGCGUCAACACCAUGGGUCUUUUCACAAGAAAGGAGGCGGUGGGUGGUCCUCUAGGUGACUUGCUUGAUAUGCAGUGCGUGUGGUAUGUUACCGAAGAUGGUCUUGCAUACUACCGUCAAGGGAACUUGGCGCUUGCGUUGAAGAGAUUCAUCUCCGUCUACGACAUUUUUGAAGUCUGGUACGAGGACCAGUUUGACUUUCACACUUUCUCACUCCGGAAAGGAAUGGUAAGGGCAUACAUCGAUAUGAUUCGAUGGGAGGACAAGCUACGGGAGCACCCGUUCUUUUCCCGUGCAGCGCUGGCGGCGGUCGAGAUCUACAUCAAGCUUCACGACACCCCCGACCUGACAAAAGGCUCGGAGGCUGGGCAGACCGAGACAGACCGAAAGAAGGCAGCGAAGAAGGCGAAGAAGGAGGCCGAGCGUGCGGAGGCCGAGAAGAAAGCCAAGAAGGCCGCUGCACCUACCCCGAAAGCCGCUGACGAAGGCGAGGAGAAGAAGAAGGAGGAUCUGGAUCCCCUUGGACUGGCACUGUUGAAGGUUGAGAAACCCUUGGAGGAGGCGCUCAAAUUUGUAGGACCGCUGUUGGAGCUGAGUCCGAAGAACAUUGAUGCACAAGCAGCUGGGUUCGAAGUGCACAUUCGGAGAGGAAAAUAUCUCCCUGCGCUCCGCUGCUUGCUCGCUAUUCACGCCCUAGAGCCCUCACAUCCAAAGGUCCACGAGCUGAGCGCACGAUUCAAGCUUGCGAUUGACUCGCUUGCCGCUCCUUUGUCUGAACAGACUCAAGCUGUCAUCAAGGAGCUAUUCUCUUCCAACCCCACUCUUUCAUUCCAAGGGACAUCGGUCUCGGAAGCCAAUGAAACGUGGCUUUCGAAACACAGCGAUAGCGCCGCGCAUGUGCACGCCGCUGCACGAGUACGCCACGUAUUGAAGGCUGAGAAGGGAGCGAGUACGAAGGACCUGGUCGAUACUGUCUCUCUUCCUUCCACGACGCUGGAUCUAGCCGAGAGGGGCUUGAAGGUGGUCGAGGAGGUUGGCGCUGGGAGGGAGGAAUAUGUGGCUGCUGCGAAGGCCAGAUGGAGUCAGGCUGAACUGUUCAACGGUGCUGCAGGCGCAAACGGAUCUGCUUAG